AUGUCACAAGCCAACAACAGCGAUGAUGCCUCUACUGGCACCAAGAAAUCCAAGUCGGCUCGCAGAUCGGUGGCUUGCAAGAGCUGUCACUCCCUUAAAGUCAAGUGUACCCCAGCCGACCCUACCAACCCCAGUGGGAGCUGUAUUCGGUGUCUAAAUGCCAAUCGUAAAUGCGAGAUUGAUCUUAACCAAACCAGAAAAAGGCGGAAAAAGGCCGAUAUCCUUUUGGCUAACCUCCGCGAUCGCAGUGAAGCACCCACAGUUGAGUCCAGCGUUGCUCCCAGUACUCCCAUCAUUGCUUCGGUACUGGAAGCCCCCUCGCCAGCCCCUACGACCUCAGAAGAAGUUAUUGAAAAUCUUAAAAGACAGGUUAAAUCCCUCGAAGCCCAGCUUCAACAACAGCAAGCCUUCAACCAGCAUGCAAUGCACCACAGCAGAAACAUAAACACAAGUAAUGAUACUAUAUCGGAUGUAGAUUCACCGCCGUUCAUCUCGAAAUCUGACUUGGAAAGGGAGAUCUUAUUUCUCUGCGAUAGCAGUGUGACCAAGCUUACCGAUUUAACCAAUGACUUGAAAACUGUAGCUGACCGUAGAACUCUGCUAUUCCGUGACUCCCGACCUGUGGAUGUGGUCUCCACUGGCUUGUUGUCCCUUGAGGAAGCAACUGAAAGACUCGAGACUUACAGAAAAGUAUUGUUCGUGCAGCACCCACUCAUCGAGAUUCCUAACGAGAUUUCGAUACAAGAGUUAAGAGAAAAACUGCCCUUCUUGUUCAACGCCGUCAUGUCUGUCACCUCCGUAGUAUAUAAUAAACAAUUGGACAUUGACAAGGCGUUGAACAUUGACAAUGCUGCUGUGCAAUCCAUAGCAGUAGAAGUCAUGGUCUCUGGUACCAAGUCUGAUGAGUUGGUCAAGAGUUUGAUCUUGCUCUGUGUCUGGUACAACAGUCCUGAACUCUUUAGACAGCGUCGUUACCAUCUUCUCAACACUCUUGGGGUCACCAUGCUCCAUGAUUUGGGAAUUGUUGCUAGACCCUCCUACAGCUUCAAAGGAGAAGAUCGCGCGGUGACUCAGGAUGACAAUAAAAAACAGAAUUCCGAGUACCAGAGCUUGGUGUUGAUUGUAUAUUUCACCACCGUCAGUAUCUGUUUAAUACUUAAAAGAACCAUCUACGUCAAGUGGACUCCUUUUGUCGAAGAAUGUUGUUCGACACUUGAGAGGUCUCCAAAUAGAACAUGGAGAGAACUUGCUCUUUUCUCCAGGUUGAGCCACCUCUUGGAUAAAAUACACCACAUCAUACACUCGCCCGAGAUCUCAGAAUCAAGACGUUCAACACCACAUUACAUCAUCCACGAGAUGCAGAAGGCGCUCUCCAUUGUCAGGCACAAGAUCAGAGACGAUGAUCAUGCCUUCUUGGCUUACUACUUUUCGGUAGAGGCUUACUUGCAUGAACCAUGUCUUACUAAUGUGUUCACCAAUGAUGAAAAUGGCGACAACAUGAAACUUACAGAGUCUUCAGCCAAGUCCAUUUCAAAUUGUACCAAUUCUUGUCUCAAUGCAUUGGAUGAAUUCAACAAAUUGUCCUUGGAGGAGGUGGCUGGUAUUCCUUUGUUUUAUAGUUCUCGAAUCAUUUAUACUGCUGGUAUGUUAUUGAGAUUAAGAUACUUGAUAUUAUCGUUGCCAUCUCAUAUUGAAAAGGAUUUAGUUCCAUAUCAUGCUAUUUUUGCCAUUCAGAGAGCAAAUAAGAUUCUUGAUCAGGCUAGUAUAGCACAUUCGGCCAACCACUUCUUGAAGAAGACGCGUUUGGUGUUGCAAUUGUUCAUACAAACGUAUGCAACCCAAGUUCAGGAAUUGUUGCGCAAGAAUGGUGAAACUCCACAGAACUUGAAGCCAACUCCAAAGAAAGAACUUCAUGAAAUGGAUAGACUUUCCAAUAUAUUCAGAGCACACCAUCAAGCUGGACAGAAGUCUAUCAUUAAUGACGAUGCUAACCAAUAUGAUUCAAAUGUCCCAUUAGACAUCUUGUCGUAUGCUGCCUCUUACAGAAGAGAUUCUAAGGACUCUAACAUGAGAGGAAGAAGCUCGCCUGCUCUUCCUUUGACUAGUAGUGCGUCGGUAGGAGCUAUUUCCAUUCCUCCUCUUAGAGCAUCUGAAACUCUUCAACCUUCUAAUCUAUCUCAUUUACACCGUUCUUCCUCACUUGGAAUAAUCAACAACUCCUCACUUCCUAUUCCCAGCAAUGGCCAUGCCUUACCACCGAUGUUUGGCACUAAUGGGAACCCCAAUGCUGGUCAGUUGCCUUCUCAAUUUAGACAACCAUCCAUUGGCCUGAACAAACAAGCUUACAACAACUUGGCCAAUCCAGAUCAACUUGAAAACUCGUACAUGGCUUUGAACGAUGAGUUCUGGUCUGAUUUGCUUAGCACUGAGUCCGACAGGAUCAACUUCUCCAACAACAACUACAAUUCAGCACAGGUCAACGACGAGUUGUUUUUCAUGAACUAA